AUGGCGUAUGGUGCGGUGAUUUUCCUGGAGGAGAACGUGUCGCGGCUGCUGACUUCACAUGCCGAUCUUCUCUCGGGCUCCGACACCGAAGAGGAGCUCCGGCUGCUGACUAACGAUCUCGUCUCUUUCAAGACUUUGCUCGAACCCCAGUCAACAAGGUCGAAUAAAGCCACACAACUCAGGGAAGUUGAAAGGCAAAUCAAGAAAGUUGUGUAUGCCAUUGAGGACACGAUCGACGCUUGUGUGACUCGUCUGGCCGCGGCAGCUGCCGACUGUAAAUAUAUCUCCGGUCGCAGACGAGAUCUCGUCGGCCUGGCGCCUGCUGACCUGGCACAGCUCGUCAGGUCCCUUAGGAAAGAUGAGUUGAAACCUGCCAUGGACAGGCUCAUUGGGGCCGACAUUGCUAAGGUACGAAUUGGCCACGGCAAAUCUGAUGAGUCCAGACAAGCAAAGCAGCAGCCAAGGCCGAAAAAGGCAGCCUCAAUCAUGGGAGACAGCAUCAUAGGUCUGGAAGAUGAGGAAAGAAAAUUAAUCGAUACUCUGAUCGCGGGACGAUAUUCUCCUGAUGAGAUGGGCAUCACCACCCUCAUCGGCAUGCCUGGCCUUGGGAAAACGACCCUGGCUUGGAAGGUUUACAACAAUGAGGAAAUCCAACGGGAGUUCCCCACCCGAAUAUGGGCCACUGUCUCCCGAGAGUUCAACCCGAGAACCAUCUUUCUCGUCAUACUCUACGAAUUCACGAGCAAGGACAUGUCCAACGAGACGACCUCUGACCUGGCAAAAGCUAUUCGUGCGUCUCUACAAGAGAGGAGGUUCCUUUUGGUCCUGGACGAUGUGUGGACGGCUAAGGCAAUGUCUACAAUCACGUCUGCCUUACCCACGAACAACGGAAAGGGUCGAGUCCUUGUCACCACCCGUCAUCACGGAGUCACUGAACAGGUGAUAUAUUCCGAAGCUUCCAACAAGGGAUAUUAUUCUAUUGUACCACCCCAACGGCUUCGUUUCUUGACGAAUGACGAAGGUUGGCGACUCCUUCAGUUCAAAGUAUUUGGGAUGGAUGGGCAGUGUCCUCCGCAGCUGCAAGGGUUGGGGAGGCAUAUAAGCGAACGAUGCCAAGGAAUACCGAUGCUGUUGUUGAUGAUCGCAGGGAUUCUUAUGGACUACGUCUCGCAAGCGAAAACAAGCGUUGCCAUCGUGAAGUCGUGGAUAGAGCUAUCUCAAAGCCUGGACAAAGGUGACGUCAAGACUUGCCGGAUUCAUGACACAGUGCACGACUUAUGUAAAGCGGAGUCCGAGGGUAAAGAGCACCUCUUCCAAGUGUUGACAAAAAAUGCCGAUCGAAAUUUCAUCAAACCUUCUCAAAACAAUCAGCACCGCCGCAUUUGCAUUCAUUCCAACGUCCUGGAAUUCUUCUCUCCAGAGCCGUACGCCCCAGCCACUCGUUCUUUCCUUUCUUUUUCCAGAGAAGAAAUCGCCUUGUCGACCGAGGACAUCCCGAAAAUACCAAGGGCCUUUGAGUUGGUGAGGGUUUUACAUGUGAAGUCCCUCGUGUUCAGAAUGUUCCCGCUCGGGCUGACUCAACUCGUGCUUCUCACGUACGUGGUCCUGUCUAGUGACUUCAAAGUCCUUCCGGAAGCCGUUUCCAGGCUAAGCAACGUGCUGACUCUAGUAAUCCAUACAUCGUCUCGUACUUUGACAAUCAAAGCCGAUAUUUGGAGGUCGAUGGUCCAUUUGAGAGACUUGAGGACAAACGCAUCAAUUACUCUGAACCAAAAACCAGCAGCUGGCAAAAACCAAGGAGGCCAGCAUCUUCAGACGCUGGCCAACAUAUCACCCAGAGAUUGCACUCUCGACUUGUUCGAGCGGGCACAUCGUCUCAAGAAAUUAGGCAUUCGGGGAUUACUUGCAACUAUGAAUUUUGACAACUUAAGAGUACUAAAUGAGCUUGAGAAUUUGAAGCUGCUGAAUGAUGACAUCCAUGAUAUCAUGACCCCACUCAGCCUUCCUCCUCCAGACAAGUUCCCCCCGAAACUUAGGAGCUUGACGCUAUCUGCCACUUUUCUCGGUUGGGAGCAGAUGUCUGUACUAGGAAUACUGGAGAAUCUUGAGGUGCUCAAGCUGAAAGACAACGCGUUUGUGGGUCGGUGCUGGGAGGUGGGCCCCGGUGGUUUCCAUAGCCUUGAAGUGCUGCACGUUGGGUACACGAACAUAGUUUCCUGGGAAGCUUCGAAGCACGACUUUCCUAAGCUUAAAUGCCUAAUGGUUAGAAACUGUGAGGAACUUGAAUCGCUGCCCCAAGUGCUUGCAGAUGCACCGUGCCUCGAGACAAUGGUCUUGCAUCGUCUAAGUAAAUCGGCUGUGGCUUCAGCUAGAAAAAUCCAGCAGGAAAUCUUGCAAAACCGAAGGGACUGUGGAGGAGGAGGCAGGGGAAUUAAGCUCUCGAUAUUUCCUCCUUAUGAAUGA